AUGCCAUUUUUUCUUCUAGCAUUUUCUUUUUUACUUACUCCCCCCUCUGUGAGUGAACAAAACCAUUAGAAAAAUCCCUAUUUUUUGCCCAAAAACCCACCCUACGUGAGUGAACAAAAAUUGUUUUAAUAGAAAAAUUUUUUAUGGAAAAAAUUUUUGAUAUAUAAAUGAUAAUUAGAAAUGAAAUCUAGAGCUAAUUCUGCUUAAUUUUAAACGAAUUGCAUUUUAAAACAUAAAUUUUUAUAAAUUAAAUUGUUAUUUGCUUUCCAAUUUUUUGCAAAUUAGGAUUUUUUUAAAUUUCGAAAAAUAAUUAACCCCCAUCCGUGAGUGAGCAAAAUUUUUUUGUUCACUCACGGAGGGGGGGAGUUAAUAGUAAUUUCAUUUUAUAUUUUUAUUAUCAGCAAAAAUAUAAAAAUUGAAACAAUUUAAGUUUUCUAACGUUUCCUUUGCUAAUUAUGAUAAUUUUAUAUAAUUUGAACAAUAAAACAGAUAAAAACUUUUAUGCCUUAAGUUAUAGAGCCAAUAUGAGAGAAAAUUAUAUAAACUAUACUCAAACAAAAAUAAUUGAUUAUUGCUUAAUUUAG